AUGGCCAAGGGACGCCGCACUUCGGUGUCAGCUGAAACUAUUGAUCCACUAAGUGCUCGACAAUUUGAGCGCGUCGUGCAUCCAAAGUCUGCUGAUGAGAGGAAAGGCAUCAGUCGAAUGGUGGCUGGAAAUAUCUUGUUUAAGUCGCUGGAUGAGAAACAAAAUGAUAUUGUGCUCGACGCUAUGUUCCCCAAAGAGUUUGAACCGGGUGAUACAAUUAUUAAGCAGGGUGAUGAUGGAGACAACUUUUAUAUACUCGAAAGUGGCGUUUGUGAGGUUUACAAGGACGGGGAACUUGUUCAAACGUGUACUGAAGCAAUGUCGUUUGGCGAGCUAGCGCUCAUGUAUAAUGCCCCACGUGCUGCGACGGUGAAGGCGGUACAGCACUCAAAGGCAUGGGCUUUAGAUCGACAAACUUUUAAGUAUAUUAUUAUGGAGACGACAUUAAAAAAACGCGAGGCACACAAGGGUUUUAUUGAACGCGUGCCUUUGCUCGAAUCUUUAAGCGAAUUUGAGCGACUUACCGUUGCAGAUGCUCUCAAGACGGAGACUUUUAGUGACGGGGAAGUUAUUAUUACACAAGGGGACGACGGCAAUCUCUUUUACAUUAUUGAAGAAGGUGUGGCAGUGUGCACAAAGCAGUUGUCACCGGGAGAGCCUCCAGAAGUGAUGGGGGAGCUCACACCAGGUGCUUAUUUUGGCGAAAUUGCUCUGCUCACGACUCGACCGCGUCAGGCAACAGUGACCGCCAAAGGUAAAGUGAAGUGCCUGACGCUGGACCGUAAAACGUUCAAGCGGGUCAUGGGACCGUUGGAAGACAUUCUUAAGCGCAACAUUGACAAGUAUAACUCUGUCAUUGCCAACAACAUUUAA